AUGCGGGGGCAGAUCAUCUCCCAGAUCCACCAGCUGGCAGAGCCCAUGCGGCGCCCGCCUAGAGAUCUGGUGCCCAGGUUCUUCGAGAAGUUCCAGGGGGAUUCUUCCCGGGCCGCCUUUGAGGAGGGAGUCCAGCACUUCAUGAAGCACCUCAUCCAAAGGGCCAUACAAAAGAAGAAGGAAGAGGAGGAAGAAGCCAAGAAGGCCGCGGAGCAGGGCGAGGGCGAGGGCGAGGGCGAGGUCCCGGAGGAGGACAUGCAGCCGGUCUCUUUGGUCGAAGCCAUGUACAGCAUGAGCAAAGAGGAGCGCAUGGGCCCCGACGGCUUGGAUCCCGUGGAGGUCUUUGAAAGUUUGCCCAAGGAGCUGCAGGAGUGCUUCAAGUCGGGGGACGUGGAAAUGCUCAAGCAGGUGGCGCAGAGCAUGCCGCCCAAGGAUUUCGAGCAUCACUUCAACCGCUGCAUCGGAGCAGGCCUUUGGAGCAAGGCGUGA